UUCAGUCGUUGGCCGUGCUAGCCAUGGCUCUAUUACUCUUCGAAGGCUCUAGGACGCAGGCAGAGGCCACUACCAUAAUCAGUAUCAAGUAUCCCCAGAGCGUUGGCAACAAUGAGAGAACACAGCCGGCGAAAAGAGAUCUCAGCUUGAGUUAUGCCGCCACAAAUAUAGACUCAAAGGAGGGCACGCGCGUCAAGACCAUCACGGUUAUUAAGAGUGUGGGCGGAAACAUAGGCGAGGCCUCGACAACUGACAAUAAACAGCAAAAGUUUGCCAUUAAUCCCGAGUUGUAUAAGAACGAGGAGUGGGCGAGCGCUUUUCGCGAUAAUUUUGAUUCGUAUGGUGUGUUGCCUGAUGUUCCAGACAUAGACGAUCUCUUUGAGUUCGUAAACCGCAAAAAGUCGAGCAGCAGCAGCAGUGCCAAGGCUGGAACGCCAGUGGCGCACAGUGCGGAGAAGGGGGACAAGCAACCCGAGCUGGAGAGCACGACGACGGCAAAAUCGGUGAUGAUGUUGACGGAGACGGCAACUGUUCCUGCACCUGCUGCCAGUGAACAGCACGAAGCCAAUGAUGAACCCGUGGAGAAGAUCAAAGGCGAUGCAGAGCUCUUGCCACACAUAAAGCAGGCUAAUAUUUUGCGCUUACAGGCGCUCGCGGUGAAUGGUAGCAAGAGCGGCAGUAUAAAUGUAACAUCCGGCAAACGCCUGCGUACACGUGAAUCCCUCAUUAACGUCAACUACUCGACGCCUAUGCAUGCAGUUAUGCAAUAUUUUGACAAUUAUGUGCAGGCCCUACCAAAUGGCUAUGACUACUCCAAGCCUUGUGCAUUGCCGCCGCCCAACAGCAUUUCGGUAACAACGCCCUCAGGUCGCACUUACGACAUACCCCAAAGCAAUAGCAGUGGUACGGGUGGUGGCAAUCAUCCCUAUUUGGCACCAUCACUGACCAAGAAGACUGUGGUGCAAGGAACGCAGCAAUCACCGCCACCAUCGCAGCCAAAUUACUCAUCAGUGAACUCGUUAGUGCCACCAAUCCAGCAGCCAGGACAAGGCAUUCCACAGCCUUCGAAUGUGCCGCCAGCACCACUACCGCCUAGUCAGCAGCAACCAGCGCAGUCCUUGGGACCUGUUAAUGGCAUUUCGACCAGUCAGAGGCCUUAUGUGGCACCUAGUUUGCGGAACAACGGCUUGGGCAUAAAUCGCGGUCCGCCAACGCCACCACCGCUGCCCGCUUCACAGCCACCAGCUUAUCGCCCAAAUGUCUUUAUUGGCGGCGGCCAAAAUCGUCCGAACACAUUUCGAUCGCGCGGCUUAAAGUAUUAA